AUGUUGCCGCUCAUCCUUCUCUCGAUAUCGGCGAUUGCUUCUUCGCUGGCGGCGGAGCUGAUCCGCCGACCACUGAACAUCUCGAUCACCGACAACUCCCCUCUGCUGAUCUACAGACCCAAGAUCCCACGCCCCGAGGAGAACGCGACCCGCAGUGGCAUGGCGCACCAAAGCUGGAACGUGAGCUUCUCCGGCUCGAAGUGGUCCGAGUGGACUCCUAAUCGCGUGGGACAUGGCAGCUCCGAGCAUCGCGUCAGCUGGCCGAACGCGACAGUCAUGUUCUCAUUCAUGGGCACUAGUGUGCAGUUUCUCGGCUCUGUAGGCGAACGCACCAACAUCGAACUCCGACUAAUCGAAAGCACGUCGGCAGACGGCGGCCAAGUGGUCUAUGACGACGAGGACGGGAAGCUUGCAAGCCUUAGUGUCGCUUGGGGGUGGCACACGGUGCAGCUUUUCCUCCGCACUGGCACUGUAGCCCUGACCGGUGUUCAGUUCACGACAGAAAUAGAAACCCUGCACAUCUCGCCCCUCAUCCCCAACCUACAGGGCAGCAACACACCCGGAGGCAAGCCGUGGCAUGUUCACGACGUCAUCUGCACGAGCGACGACCCCGUCUACUGGCCACGUAUGGAUACGUGGGACAAGGAUGCGUGGGCGACAAUGGCUGUUCCGCAGAACGCAUCCUACUUCACAUUCUGGGGUAGCAUGAACGACGACCACCGCCAAUACUCGAUAGAGAUCAUCCCACCUGCUCCCGGACUGCCGCAGGGGCCGCAAGUGUUCUCCGGAUACACGUCGUGGUGCACGCCCGAUACACUCAUGUAUGCGGCCCCACUGGACCCGCAGGAGAGAUACCGCAUCCGCGUUAUCAACCUCGUCAACGACCGCGUGACCGAUAUCAAGAAGGCGACGUUCUGGAUCGCGAACGAGACAAGCGCAUCAGAGGCGGCGGCAGCGCUAUCUUCGGCCUCGCCGUCGAGAGCCCCCGCAGCUGUCACUACGGCAGUCGAUACUGCAAAGACUUCGCUUGCCCCGGCGGCAAUCGCCGGUAUUGCCCUCGGCGCAGUAGCCGUACUCGGUGCCGUGGCGCUCUCGGCUUUCCUGCUGAUGCACCGACGCAACGCGAAAGAGAAGGCAGAAGGGGAGCAGUACGAUUUCAUGGCUCUCUCGGAGGGUUCCGGAUGGACGGACUCGAGCGUUGGACCUACCUCAGUGGCCGGCGCAAGCUCGUCGCCUGUGACACCAUCUGCGACCACUCCAGCACGACAGCGACACACGUACGCGACCCAUACCCCGCAGUCGUCCAUCGGGAUGUCCUCGCUGCGGAGCAUUCGCGAGGACAGUGUGUUUGUGACCGACACGGAUGCGGGUACGAUUCCGGUUCUCAUGCCCCCGACGUAUGACCCGGAGUGGGCGAAUGAACGCUCCCCACCGCUCCCGGACGAGGGAGCUGAGCUGGGGAGCACGGCGGAGCAGACGACUCGUUCCACUCCGCACGUGUACUUCCCUGCGGCUACGUCGCAUGUGUACAUCGGCCAAUCCUCACAUAGCGCCCGCCAGGCUGAGAGGGCCAGGGCUAGGCAUGAGCCUAGAGACCCGAGGCGCACGAGUGGUCAAGUGACAGAGCUUUUGAGCGAGCUGUGGGGCGCACCGUUGCAGCGUAAUGGAUCGACAUGGAAGCCUGUCCGCUCUGACACAGACGCCAGCGUCACUUCGGGAACGCCUCGGUCGGACGUCUUCUCCGAUCUUUCCAUGCCCAACUCCAGACCGUCGAUCGACUCGAAGGGUCCAACAAGUCCCAAUACCAUGACGGACAUCCGUGAAGAGCCGAAUCGUUUGAAUUCGAAGUCAGCCAAAGAGACACGCGAGGUUAUGAUUCAGCAGAAGAGGCGGGAACAGAGGGCGUCACGAAUCUCGAGGGCGACAAGGGACGGAAACUACAUCUAG